AUGCCAGCUCAGAAAAAUAUGCUGGUGUUUGUGGCUCUCUUUUCUCUUUUGCGACUGGCCCAGUGUCAAAAGUUGCCAAGUUUUGACUUACUGGAGGAGUUUCAUGUGCCUGACUCAAGAGGAGUGAGGAGGGUGGACGGCUCUCAACCUGAGGCAGUGGCCUACCGGAUCAACCCCUCCAUCCAUCUACAGAAGUCCAUGAGCGACGUGUACCCAGAUGGACUUCCCUCCGACUACUCGAUCAUUGCAACAUUUAGGGCGACCAAAGACACUGCCAAGGAGUCCUGGAACCUGUGGCAGAUCAGUGACCCUGAGGGACAAGAGCAGGUUGGCCUUCGGUUCCAGGGUGAUACACGUUCCUUAGACUUCUUCUUCACAAGCCCCCAUGGGAGCCAGAUGCUGAGGACCUUCCAUGGUGUGGAGAAGGUGUUUGAUGGAGAGUGGCACAAGGUAGGACUGAGUGUGAAGGGCAGCCAGGUGAAACUGCUGAUAGACUGUGAAGAGAUCAGAGUGGAGUCCAUUGAUGAGCCAAGGCCAAUCAUCCACCAAGGAUAUACCUCCAUUGUAAAGCGUGCUGCAGGAGAUCGCUCUGUAUCUGUGGAUUUACAGCAGAUGGAAGUGUCAUGUGACCCAGAAAAGGCCUAUUCAGAAGGCUGCUGUGAGCUCUCGAGCGUGUGUGGAGGAUAUGCAGAGAUCGGCCUCACGGGGGGAAGACCCUCUUGCAAAUGUAUGCAUGGGCAGCCUGGCAUCCAGGGCGCUCCAGGACCAAAGGGUCAUAGAGGCCUUCCAGGAGAGGAUGGAGACCCAGGGAGACCAGGGAACUGGGGCAUAAGGGGGAACACAGGAGAUUAUGGCAACAUUGGCGAACCAGGCCCAAAGGGUGAAGAAGGAAUCAAAGGCGAGAAAGGAAUGAGAGGACCCUGGGGCCAAGUGGGAGACAGAGGUCCCAAAGGGCUGAAAGGAUUAAAAGGGGCAACGGGCUUUACGGGAAUUCGAGGACCACCUGGAGACAUUGGAGAGACUGGAAAAUCGGGAGAAGCUGGUGUUAAAGGCAUCAGAGGAUAUGAAGGGAUUCCUGGGUUUCAAGGAGUUAAGGGUGAAAAAGGGGCUUCUGGUGCAACAGGGCGACCUGGGCUUAGAGGAAAGCAGGGCAUUGUGGGAGAUCCUGGAGAAAGGGGAACUCCUGGACUGAAGGGGGAACCUGGAAUUCAAGGACCUGUGGGCAGAGCUGGCACCGUAGGACCAAAGGGCAUUAUUGGAGAUCUGGGCUUACCUGGCAGAGAUGGUGAUCCAGGAAUAGAGGCUUAUCAAGGACCACAGGGCCUCAGCGGAAAACUUGGACAAAGUGGAGCAAAGGGGGAGAAAGGCACCCUGGGGCCACCAGGAGAAAUGGGUCCCAGAGGGCAAACUGGCCCCAGAGGUUACAAGGGUUCUGCAGGAAAGCCAGGAAGACCUGGAUUUAUUGGCCCACCUGGACCCACUGGACAUGUGGGCAUGCCUGGAAAACAAGGGCCCAAGGGUGACACGGGAAUCCAGGGUAUUAAAGGAGUUACAGGUGUACAGGGAGAACAAGGAGUUAAGGGCCCAGCAGGACAGGUUGGAGACAGGGGUAAGCAGGGUCCUCGGGGAGGACGGGGGAAGCGCGGGCCUGCAGGCCCACCUGGACGUUCAGGUCCUGUCGGAGUCAAGGGUGUUCGAGGUGAACUUGGACCAGAUGGUUUUCAGGGGCCGCCAGGUCCCCCAGGUCCGACCCUCCCUGCUCAACACGUGAUUGAGGUUUGUAAGAAAGUGGUCCUGGAGCAGAUGUCCAUGUUUGCCAACUCAGUGAAGAGGACAUGUGCUGCUGUCUGUCCUCUGUACGGGGAUGUUCCCAUGGGUGCCCCUGGUCCCCCUGGACAGAAAGGACCCCCCGGACCACCUGGGGAUCCUGGUAAUCAUGGCACGGAAGGAGAAGUGGGCCCACCGGGAUUCUACGGAGAAGCUGGAGAGGCAGGCCGAAAAGGAGAAGCAGGUGACAGAGGAGAGCAAGGUGAUAAAGGAGCCAAGGGUUAUGGCCUACCUGGUAACACUGGAGACCCCGGACCAAAGGGUCAGCGUGGACGUCCUGGCAGAGCUCUCAAUGGCCAGCCUGGAAGGCAGGGUCAAAGGGGGCAUACGGGCCGGCCUGGGCUCAGGGGCCAUCCGGGUCUUAGAGGACCUCCAGGUGUGUGCAUCACCUCUGGGUGUGCUCAGCUGAACUCCACUGGUGGGACACCGCAGCCAGCAGAGCGAAGGAUGAGGAAUCAGCCAUAG